UCUAGGGUGUACUGCUCGCUUCUCCACAUCCUCAUGUCAGAUCUGUCAGCGUUCCGACGAGCCAAACUCUUGCAUGUCUUCAAUACUUUCUUUGAUGUCAACGGCAGCGGAGAGAUCGACGAAAAAGAUCUGGAAAUUGCUAUCCAGAAAGUAUGCGGAGCGCGCGGGUGGGGGCGCCACGACCCCCACUACAACAAGACAAGAGAUGCUCUCAGGAAGCUGUGGGAUGUGCUGACCAGCAAGGCUGACACUGAUCAUGACAAGCAGGUGUCGGUGGAGGAGUGGUAUGCUGCCUGGAGGCUGGACGAGAGUGCUGGCAGAGAGUGGAGUCACAUCUUCAGAGACCUCAUGUUCCUCCUGGAAGACGCCUCAGCCUCUCAGACUGACCUGCCAGCAUUUUUAUCCUUCACCAACGGAUCCAGUGAGCUGGUGAAGGAAAGCCUACUAGAACAUAAUUCGCAAUCGUACAGGAGUGGAUGGUCCCACUUACACCGCUCAAUGCAGACGACAAGACCAGCUGACAAACAAGCCUGGAUCAUGGAAAAUGUUGCUGCAGCUUUGUUAGCAAGUGCAAACUCUGCUAACGAGAGAGUGGACGACGCGGGAGAGGUGACCAAGGAUAAAUUUGACGAGUUGUGGGAGCAGUACUUUCACUCUGAGAACGUCGAGGCGCCCGGCAACUACAUCUUCGGAAAAUUUGACUUCUAAAUCAUGCACCAUAUCGAUGUUUAGCUAGGUAGAGAGAGAGAGAGAGAGAGAUAUCUGAGUGUCUGCGGUUUCGUAAUGUCUUCCUAGCUGCUUGGGUGCCCUCCUAGUUAUCUGGAGGUGUUUAGAGAGGAGUAUUCUUGCUGACUUCAGUUUAUUCCUCAGAGUAUCGUAGCCAAAGAAUGCACUUCAAAGGAGCGUUUCUCAUGCCGUGGGCUACGGUCACUGUAUGGGUAGUGAGCGAGGAUACAUACUAAUGGAUCUUCUAGCAAAUUUGGCAGAGAAACACUGUUCUGGAGCGAGUUCGUUUGGUUGUGAAGUGUUUUAAAGUAUAUCUUGGCUGCUAUGAGGUUCUUCAUUGCUCAUGAAGUACACAUUGGAGGAUGCCCUGACUGCUGGAACGAGCGUCAAUGCUCAUGGAAGACACACUGAAGGAUGUGCCUGGCUGCUGGAAAGUGCUCCAGUGUCAUUGCAAGACACUGGAGGAUGUCCUGGCUGCUGGAACGAGCUUCAAUGCUCAUGGAAGACACACUGAAGGAUGUGCCUGGCUGCUGGAAAGUGCUCCAGUGCCCUUUCAAGACACUGGAGGAUGUCCUGGCUGCUGGAAGGUGCUCCAAUAUUUCUCCUCUUCUUUGCACAUAAAAGUAACGCUAACUUAAUCAUUAUUAUAUAAAUAAUGUUAGGAUUUUUGUUUUAAGCUAUAAGAAAUCUGUACCAAGCAUAACAUUCACAAAACGUAUCUAGUUACAAUGAGGAUAUGUAUCCUAGAAUACGAAUAUUUUUUUGCAGUUUAUAUAUACCUAUUUCUGUAAAAUGUAUCGUUCUUCUCGUGUAUGGAAUCCACAAUACUGUGAACUAAACCACCAAGAAAUGCGUCCAUCUUGUCAGAAGCUGCCAUUGCUCGACACCUUCACUGUAACUUUCAACUGGCUGUAGUCGACAUAUUUUGUAGCUUUCUUAGCUCUUUGCUUGAUCAAUUGUCAAUGUAUGUUAGAUGUUCUGUUUGUGAUAAAAACGGUAAGACUGCUGUAAAGAAAAGAAACAACUUAGAUAUAUGAAAAAAUGCUGUAACGAGAGAGCAAAACAGACGAUAUAUUUACACACAUUAUUAUCCACAUUUGCAUUGUGCAUAUUUAGCUUAGCGUAAAUGUCUUGUUUUCAAGCGUAAUAAUACAUUAAUUUGGGCUGUCGCUUGACGGGAGUUGGCUAUACUGUUGGGAUAAGUUGAAACACUUUUUUGUAACUAGCGAUUCUAGCGAUAUAUAUAUAUAUA